CCGAGCGGGGCCGAGCGGGGCCGAGCGGAGCCGAAUGCAGCGGGCGGCAGCGCGGGUGCUGCGGGGGGCGCGGAGCCCCCCAGUUCGGACCCCCCCAGUUCGGGCUCGAUCGGCCUCGGCGGGGUCCGCCCCCCGCGGGCUGGUCUAUGAGCGGCACGGGGAGCCCCCGAGCGUGGUGCAACUGAAGGAUCUGGAGGUGCCCAACCUGGGAGACUCUGAUGUCCACGUCAAGAUGUUGGCGGCUCCCAUCAAUCCCGCUGACAUCAACAUGAUCCAAGGGACCUACGCCAUCCUGUCCCCUCUGCCGGCCGUGGGAGGGAACGAAGGUGUCGGGGAGGUGCUGGAGGUCGGGAGUCGGGUGUCGGCUCUGAAACCCGGGGACUGGGUCAUCCCGGCGGACACCGGCCUUGGGACGUGGAGGACACGAGGGGUGUUCCCUGAGGAGAAGCUGCUGAAGGUGCCCGGUGACAUCCCCGUGCUCUGCGCGGCCACUCUGAGCGUCAACCCCUGCACAGCGCUACGGAUGUUGACUGACUUUGAGACCCUGGCACCUGGUGACUCCGUCAUCCAGAACGCUGCCAACAGCGGGGUGGGCCAGGCCGUCAUCCAGAUCGCCAGAGCCUCCGGCGUCAAGACCAUCAACGUGGUGAGGGACAGACCUGAUCUCCCACAGCUGGUGGAGAGGCUGAUGGCCCUGGGUGCAGACCACGUUGUCACAGAGGAGAUGCUGAGAAAGCCAGAGAUGAAAGAGAUAUUUAAGAGCACCCCCAAGCCCCGGCUCGCCCUGAACUGCGUCGGAGGCAAAAGCACCACGGAGAUGCUGCGGCACCUGCAGCCCAAAGGGACCAUGGUCACCUACGGGGGGAUGGCAAAGCAGCCUGUUAUGGUGCCUGUGAGUGCCUUCAUCUUCCGGGACGUGCGGCUCCGCGGGUUCUGGAUGACCCAGUGGCGGAAGGACCACGCGCAGGACCAGGAGAGCGUGGCUGGGAUGAUGGACACCCUGUGCCAGCUGAUCCAGAGGGGACAGCUCACCGCGCCCGCCAGCACCGAGGUCCCGCUCCAGGACUACAGGGCAGCCCUGGAGGCCUCCAUGAAGCCCUUUGUGUCCUCCAAGCAGAUCCUCCUCCUCUGACCCGCAGCUCCUGGAGCCCUGUCGUGCUCCAGCACAGCCCCGCUUCUUGUCCACAGACUUGGGGGGGGAAAAUCCUCCAGAUCCAUGGAUUUUCUUUUUUCCUUUGCUUUUUAACUUGUGGGUGGCCACUGAAAGCUCUCAAAGCCUCUGCAGCUUUGUGUGGAAGUGCUGCUGGAGGGAGGCUGCAUCUCACCUUAGCUGGGGUGAGUUUGGGAGCCCAAACAGUGGCUCAAUCAGCUCAGGGUGUCAAAAGAGCAGCAGUUCCCCCUUCUGUAUAUUUUUGGAGCUGAGGGAGCUGCACUGCUGCCUCCUGCACUGCUGUAGUUAUCCCAGGUGGGAUGGGCAGGAAAAGCCCAAGUUGCUUCCUUGCAGCCCCCCUGCCCCCAAGCUGGGGAAGGGGCACAGACUCCCCAAAGCACUGAGGUGUUGCUGUGGUUGGAGUGACCCUGGUGCUGCUGCAGCUCCUGGAGGAGCCCUGAGAUCUGCUGGAUUUUGUCAAGGGCACUGUGAGUGCUGGAGCCUUUGGCCCAUCCCAGCUGGAGCCAGACCCUUGGCAUCCCUGAAGGCCCCCCUGCCCGGGUGUGGGACAGUGACUGUGACACUGCAGAGGAUGGACACAGCAAAAUGAAACAAUUUAUUACCGAAAACAACCAACAACGUGUUCCUGCUUCCUCCUGUCCUGCUGCAUUUCUACCCCUAUGGCCCCACAGCUCCCUACGGCCUCUGCUCUUCCCAGUCCUGCCCCUGCUGAGGUCUGGCCCCACUGUUCCCCCCGCAGGAGCAGGUGGGGCAGUGGCUGUGGGCUGGAGUGUGGCUGGGUGGUGACCCCACACUGUCCAUCCCAAACCCCAGAGCGCAGAGCGGAGCCAGUCCAGCCCCAGGCACCCGCGUGAAACCUGGAUUUGGCUGCCCAGACGGGAGUGUGGGCACUGCCAGGGGCCUGUUUGGGGCAGGAGGGGUGAGCCGGGGCGGUGAAGCCGUGGCUGGAGCAGGAGCUGCCUCCUGGAUGCCGGCGGGGCUGCGCCUGCGGGGCCGUUUUGGUGGGGAGGGUCUGGCACUGCCCAGCGGGGUGGGGGUGCCUGCCCCUGGCUCAGGGCUGGUGCUCGUGGGUGUCUGGGUGUCAUCAUCCUCUUCUUCCUCCUCUGCCCCUGCUGCCAGCUGAACAUCCCACCAUCUUUUCCAUGGGAGCUCUGCCUUCUUGCCGGUGGCCGGCGGGGACACGGCUGGGGGGAUCAGGCUUUCCCCAGCACUCUCCACGCCCCUCCGAUGGCAGGAGGGGUCAUCCCUUGUGAAAUGGGGGUUGGAGUAGAACAGGAGCUGCAAAAGGCAAAGGAGAGGAGUUGGUUGCCAUCAUUGCAAGGAGGGAGGAAGAGAUCCGAGGGAGAUCCCAAGGACAAAAGGGUGUUUAGAGGAUUCCCUGGGGCAUUUUAAACAUCAGGUUUCAUCUGAGUAAAGUGUUGGGACAGAGUUUUGUUAGGUCACAACCACCCUUGUGUUUUGGGCAUUUGGCAGCAGAGAAGUGUAGGGUCUUCAAAGGCCAAAAAACCCCUGGAGAAACCCAAACCCCACAAGUUUUCAGGCGCCGCAGCGUGGAAUGGACAUGUUGGGAAUAACACUGAUGUGGAGACAAAACUGUUUGUUCCCAUCCCCACUUCUGGCCUUGUCAAGGCUGAUUUUAUCCGAACAUGAACCUCCCCCAAAAUGUCCUGAGGGAUCUUUGUGUGGGGAGGAGCUGACCUACCUUGCCCAGCUCAGACCCAGCUGCUGCUACUGCUCUCAGCUCCUCCAUGGAGGUCAGCAGGGGAGAGUCCCCUUCCAUCCUGCGGAAUCCAUGGAACAUGAGUUGGAGAAGGAAGCCUCUCAUGGACUCUGUCUCAAAGAUCUUCCUCGGCCCCCUCCUCCCCAGCACUUCCUUCCUGAAGAGCUUCUCUCCGAUCACGAUGCAGUUCCCGUCGUUGCCCCACCAGAUGGACUCGAAGCUCUGGCUGCUGAGGAUCUCCCAGAGCGUCUCCAGGAAGGAGUCAUCCGAAGGUUUGGUGUUGACAGAGAUCUUCAAGGAACAAAAUUUCACCUUGGGGUCCCAGGGUUCAUCUUGCCAAUCCUGAAGGGCGACUUUGUCUGUGGGAGCAUCCCAGGACAGUCCCGUGUCAUCUCCUGGAUGAGAAGCUUGAGCCACCCACCAGGCUGGCUCCUCUGGGCUGGGAGCACAGGAUGUCUCUGGUGAAGACAUCUCCAUUUUAACUUCUUUUUCCUCAGCUUGGCUGCCUCCAACCAGCCUGAUGAAGUUCUGUGGUUCCAGCUGCCUGGGAAGUUCUCCAGCCUGUGUUCCAUCACGGUGACAUCACAGUGUGGUGCCCCUCUCCUGGCAGCAGGAGGUGGGAGACACAGAAGUAGCCCCAAAGACCUGAUUUCCCAGGGAGCUGGUUGGAGCCCAGAGACAAUUCCAGCUGUGUUUUCAUGUGGAAUGUCCUGCUAGGGCAGUGCUGUGUCCCUGUGCCCCAAGGAGCAGUGCCCAGGGAGGGGUGGGAAGGUGACAGUGUUGGACAUCCAAGUGUCCCAGACAUGAAGUUUUUCACUUGGGCACCUUCUCCCCUGUGCAGAAAUGCCUGUGUGGAAUUCCUAUGGAAUAACCUCUGCUCUGUGAUGUCCACACUGCUCCUUCUGCUGUGGUUUGUCCCCAUAUCCAGGCGAUGCUCUCAGCUCUCAGCAGGCUCUCUGUGCUGCUCUGUAGGAUGAACCCAAACACACCUUGCAAUGGAAAUAACCCCCACCCCUCCCUUGGUUGGGUUCCUUGGAUUUUCUUUGCCACAGAACCUUCAGAGCCCAGCCCAGGGACCUCACUGGGGUCCUCCCACCUUGUGUCGAGUUCCCAACCUGCUCCUCCGAGUCAGAGGACCACGACUGUGGAAUUGUUUGGGGAUGUGAAAUUGUGAGGGACCUCUUGUGUCAGCUGCAGGUUCUGAGUCUGUGGGGCCUGAUGGGACUCAUCCCAAAGUCCUGAUGAGGGGGGUUAUGGCAGGGCCCCCCCUCCAUCAUCUGCCAAAGUCCUGGGGGUGUGGGGAGGUCCCUCCUGACUGGGAGCUGGGCACUGUCAUUCCCAUGUACAGGGAGAGGUGAGGGAAGACCCAGGAAGUUGUACCUUCAUUUUGGGGAAUUUUUUGGGUCCUGGGGGCAGGGAUGUUGAUCAGAGUUGGAGGGGACUCCUGUACAACUGUGUGUGCAUUGGGAGGAGCAAAUCACUCUGAAGUUAAACCCCACAGCUGUGUUGGACCUAAAUGGACACAUCAAAAAACAUUUUAUCCUCCCUAUAACCCCUCACACCCAAGACCUCCCUUAGAGCAGAGCAGACAGAGCAGCCCACCAGGUGUUCCCUGUGAUAAACUCCAUGCCAGCACCUCCCCUCUGCUCCCCCAUUCCCAACAACCCCCCCAAUAUUCCCAAUAAACCCCCCCAAUAUUUUGCAUUUCCAUUCUCCCCACCAGUAUUGGAGGCAGAGGCACAUCCCAUGCCCCAGCACUUCCUGAUCAAUGGAUAAAAUGGGGAAAAUAAAGCACAAAAAGGA